UGGAGAAAUAAUCCAUAUCUUGGCAAUGGUUCCGGAAGGCCAGAACUCCAGCUCCUGGAGAGUCGCCUUGCUCCAGAGGUGCCCCGGGUAGCCCUCAGAAUACAUGCUCCAGAGGUGCCCCGGGUAGCCCCCAGAACACAUGCUCCAGAGGUGCCCCGGGUAGCCCCCAGAACAUAUGCUCCAGAGGUGCCCCGGGUAGCCCCCAGAACAUAUGCUCCAGAGGUGCCCCGGGUAGCCCCCAGAACACAUGCUCCAGAGGUGCCCCGGGUAGCCCCCAGAACACAUGCUCCAGAGGUGCCCCGGGUAGCCCCCAGAACACAUGCUCCAGAGGUGCCCCGGGUAGCCCUCAGAACACAUGCUCCAGAGGUGCCCCGGGUAGCCCCCAGAACAUAUGCUCCAGAGGUGCCCCGGGUAGCCCUCAGAACACAUGCUCCAGAGGUGCCCCGGGUAGCCCCCAGAACACAUGCUCCAGAGGUGCCCCGGGUAGCCCCCAGAACAUAUGCUCCAGAGGUGCCCCGGGUAGCCCCCAGAACAUAUGCUCCAGAGGUGCCCCGGGUAGCCCCCAGAACACAUGCUCCAGAGAUGCCCAGGGUAGCCCCCAGAACACAUGCUCCAGAGAUGCCCCGGGCAUCCCCCAGAACACAUGUUCCAGAGAUGCCCCGGGCACCCCCCAGAACACAUGUUCCAGAGAUGCCCCGGGUAGCCCCCAGAACACAUGCUCCAGAGGUGCCCCGGGUAGCCCUCAGAACACAUGCUCCAGAGAUGCCCAGGGUAGCCCCCAGAACACCAUGCUCCAGAGAUGCCCCGGGCACCCCCAGAACACAUGUUCCAGAGAUGCCCCGGGCACCCCGCAGAACACAUGUUCCAGAGAUGCCCUGGGCACCCCCCAGAACACAUGUUCCAGAGAUGCCCCGGGCACCCCCCAGAACACAUGUUCCAGAGAUGCCCCGGGCACCCCCCAGAACACAUGUUCCAGAGAUGCCCCGGGCACCCCCCAGAAUACUUGCUCCAGAGAUGGCCAAAGAACCUGUGGACCUUUGA